AUGUCCCAUUCCAUGUCGACGCAGGAGCAGCAGCUCUGCCAGUUCUUGGCGGAGCUGCCCACACGCUUCAACUACCGCUUUAGCGAAGACGCUUCGCGCGAACUACUAACCAAUCUGUUCUGGUCUCUUGCCGGCGGUAGCAACGAAUAUAUGCGAUUACUCUUCCCGGAUGGCAAACCUGGAGACAGCCUCAAACUAAGCGACUCUCAAGGCGCGGUCGAAGGCGCCGAGUACACUGAAGCAGCGCGGGGGAAGCGAUGCGGCCAUAUUUUCAAGCCUGGUGAGGCAUCAUACAUGUGCCGUACCUGCGGCACUGACGAGACAUGUUGUCUAUGCGCACGAUGUUUCGACUCGACCGACCACACGGGACACAUGGUUCGAAUCCACAUAUCAGUAGGAAAUAGCGGUUGCUGCGAUUGUGGAGAUGAUGAAGCAUGGAGGACACCUCUGUUCUGUACCAUCCAUUCCCACGUCCAGGGAGGUACGGAUAAGGGCAAAGGGAAAGAGGCAGCCGGUCUGCCUGAGGACCUUGUAACGAAUUUGCAGAUGACCAUCGGUCGUGUCUUUGAUUAUAUCUGCGAUGUCAUCUCAUGCUCGCCAGAGCAGCUGCGGCAGACCAAAACGCAGGAUUCAAUUCUUGAAGACGAGCAGUCCUCCCGCCUGUUGUCGAAAUACUACGGCCCUGAAGCUGAACCUUGUAACGAAUUCGCACUUAUUCUAUGGAACGAUGAGAAACAUACCGUUCAGGAAGUACAAGAUCAGGUCGCUCGUGCUUGCAGGAAGAGUAGAAAGCUGGCAGCCGAGAAUGCUUGGGAAACGGAUGCCAUCGGUCGAAGUAUACUUACAUACCUGCCUGAUGUCCCCCGCCUUUUGGAAAUGGCAACAAUCAUGGAAGCUAUCAGAGUCACGGUUACGAUUCGAUCUGCAAGAGACACCUUCCGCGAACAAAUGUGCGGCGCACUCGUCGAGUGGUUAAGCGACAUCUCCGGCUGCUCCGUUGGUCAUGACCACAGUAUCCUUCGACGAACCGUUUGCGAGCAAGUCAUGAAACCUUGGCGUAAAGGCAGUCAAGCAACCCAUACCUUGGGCCAGAUCGACGAUGAAGAGGAGGACGACCAACUUGUGGACACUAGACGUCGCUUCGACGGUAUGAAUGCUAGGUUUAUUUUGGCAUUGCAGGCUGCUGCGGGAGCCGGCGCUGGUGUGCAGAUAGAAAUCGACGAUGAUGAUGAGGAGGAUGAAGACGACGUCGAUGCAGAUAUGGACGAUCAGGGCCAGCAUUCCCCAUCUAGUUCCGUGGCUGGAGGAGACGAAGACGGGGUCAUGGACGUUAUCAUGGCUGAGGCAGAUGUUGAAGACCUGGGUAUGAACUGGAGAGACAACGAUCAAGCUUUGGAAGAAGACGAAGCAACAAUGGCUGGAUACCCACCGCCACCUCCGCCACCUGCUGCUCAAGCUCAGUCUCAGAGUCAGGCCCAGGCAGAAGCUCCAGCUAGGACCAGAGAUAGAGAAGCAACGCCGUCCGACUCUGAUACAGCAGAACCCUUGAUCGCGCCUUCAAUCUACGCCAAGGCAAACGUUGAUAUUCCAAAAACUCCCGGUAAGUCCGAGAAACUGGAACCCAGGCCAGGGAGAUAUUGGGUCGAAGUUCCCUCUGUCUAUGCGCAGCGCGAGAACGUUCCCCCAGCCGAGGAUGUCUUCCGUCGCGUGCGCCUCGACUGGCUUCUACUAUUCGAUCUGCGAAUGUGGAAGAAGGUCAGGAAUGACCUCCGCGCCUUGUACAUUUCUACAGUCGUAACGAUACCUGAAUUCAAGCGGGUAUUGGCGAUCAGGUUCGCCAGUCUUUACACCAUUCUAGCUCAGCUCUACUUGGUUGGAGAUCGAGAACCAGAUCACUCCAUAAUCAAUCUCUCUCUCCAGAUGCUCACCACUCCAUCGAUCACUGCAGAAGUUGUCGAGCGUGGCAAUUUCAUGACCAGCUUACUUGCGAUCCUCUACACCUUCUUGACAACCCGUCAGGUUGGUCAUCCCUGGGAGGUUUCCCCUAAUGCAGUGCUUGGAUUUGAGAGCGGAUCUGUCACCAAUCGGCGAAUGUACCAUUUCUACCAAGAUCUUAAGUAUUUGUUUGGUGCUCCUCAUGUUCAGGAGCGUGUGAGAUGUGAACCUCGCUACCUCAUGCAAUUCCUCGAUCUCGUCAAGCUCCAUCAAUGCAUAGGACCCAACGUGAGAGCCGUCGUCGAGCACGUGGAAUAUGAGGCCGAUUCUUGGAUCACGGCUUCGCUUGUGACCAGACAGAUCAAUCUUCAAGCUCGAAACCUUGCCGAGGCGUUCCGUAACUGCCCGCCUGAUGAGUUCCAUUACCUGCAAGAUGCAAUUCGCUUCACGGCAAAGACUGUUAUCCUCAACUCUAUCGGUGCCGAACGACAUCGCUUCAAGCAAGGAGAAAUCAAGGAUGAAGUACAGUUCAAGACAUUGAGCGAUUUCGAAUUUGAGGGUGAAGACGCAUCUUUUGAUGUUGUCAAGUUUGUGGUUGAAAAGGAUGCGAUCAGUUUCCAUCAUGCUCUGCACUAUACCCUCUCUUGGCUCAUUGAGUGCGGACGCUCAUUGCCUGUGUCCACUGUACGAAACUUGCUGAGCUUCACCCAACAAGAACUCAAGUCAAAGCCGAAACUCAUGGGUCGCCCUCAAGUGCCACGCAAGAAUUACACUGCAGAGGACUAUCUAAUCGCAGCCUUCGAUUUUCCUCUCCGCGUUUGCGCAUGGCUUGCUCAGAUCAAAGCCAACAUGUGGGUUCGCAAUGGUAUCAGCCUGCGACACCAAGCCAGCACAUACCGAGGUGUUGGCCAACGUGAUGUAUCUCAUCACCGGGACAUCUUCCUUCUCCAAACUGCUCUUGUGGUUUGCAAUCCUAGCCGAGUGUUGGCCUCAGUCAUCGACCGCUUCGGAAUGGAGAGUUGGGUCAAGGGUUUGUUCGAACUCAAGUCAGAGGCACAGGACGACGCACAGCAUCUUGAUGUCGUUGAGGACAUGAUUCAUCUCCUCAUUGUUCUGCUCAGUGAUCGUACAUCUCUGAUUUCAUCAGGGGAUGAAGCUCAAUCCAAACUCUUGGCUAUGCGCCGUGACAUUAUUCAUGUCCUUUGCUUCAAGCCUCUGUCAUUCAACGAGAUUUGUAACAAGCUGCCGGAGAAAUACCAAGAGCAAGAGGAUUUCCACCGAGUUCUAGAUGAAAUGGCUACUUUCAAGCCACCUGAGGGUGUUUCUGAUGUCGGUACUUUUGAGCUUCGGCCCGAGUUCAUUGAGGAAAUUGACCCUUACAUCGCGCACUACAACAAGAACCAACGCGAGGAGUCUGAGCUAGCUUAUCGAAAGAAGAUGGCGAAGCGAACAGGGAAAGCGGUCGAUGAAAUUGUGUAUGAGCCCAAGGCCCGACCAGUCCCAUCAGGCAUGUUCGAGGAGCUGGGCGCUUUCACCAGCACAGGCAUGUUUUCCCAAAUCAUCUAUUACUCACUUCUCUAUCCCCUGGUGGCUGGCAAAUUCACUCCCUCAAUUCCUUUUACUCGUCUGGAGACCUUCCUUCAAGUCGUCUUGCAUCUUAUGCUCAUUGCGAUCCUUGAGGACAAGUCGAGCGAUGAUGAUAUGAGCGAAGAAUCUAAUAAAUCAUUCGCAUAUAUCGCUCUUACGAAGCAUGGACGCAGCAACUUCUUGCCUGUCCCUGAGAAAGAGACGAGGACCAUUGUGUCUUUGCUCAAUAUGAUGUCGACCAAAGAUGAGUUCAAGGCAGUUCAUCCUAAAGUUGCGCUCGUGCUCAAGCGGUUACGCCAGAAGCGUCCCCGUGCCUUUGAGUCUGCAUUCAUGACCUUGGGCGCCUCCGUUGACCGUAUCAACACCGCCUCGCCCGCCAACACAUCUGCUGAGGAGGAGCGUGAAAGGAAAAAGAAGGCAGCCCUUAGCCGCCAAGCCAAGGUCAUGGCUCACUUCCAACAACAGCAGAAGAGCUUCCUGGAGAACCAAACUUCAAUCGAUUGGGGCAGUGAUAUAGAUGAAGAUGUGGACGAAGAAGAGGAAGAGGAGCAGACCGAGGAUCGAAAACACAACUGGAAGUAUCCUGUGGGAACAUGUAUCCUGUGUCAGGAAGAGCCAGACGAUCGCCAUCUUUACGGAACAUUCGCUCAUUUUAACGAAAGCCGGAUUCUCCGACAGACGGAUUUUCAAGAUCCCGAUUUUGUUCGUGAAGCAUCACAAACCCCUUGCAGUCUUGAUCGAUCGGCCGAAGACGUACGACCGUUCGGUAUCGCCCACGAAAACAGAAAAAUGGUUGAAAAGAUCAACGCUCAGGGUGAGACUUUCCUUGCGGAACGACAAACUAUUGGUAAAGGAUUCCCUUCCAAUGUGUGCCGGUCGGGUCCUGUAGCAAGUGGUUGCGGCCAUAUGAUGCACUACCGCUGCUUUGAAGUCUACUAUGAAGCAACCGUUAGGCGCCACACGCACCAAAUUGCCAGGCAUCAUCCCGAGGAUACUAAGCGCAACGAGUUUGUCUGUCCUUUGUGCAAGGCUCUAGGAAACGCAUUCAUGCCAAUCAUCUGGAAAGGCAUAGACGAAUCCUAUCCAGGCUAUCUGCAAUCGCAAGGCACAUUCGACGACUUUGUCGAAACGCAGCUGGGGUCUGCUUACUGGAUUGGUGGAAGCAAGGCACGCGAGGAUGAGCCAACUGUCCCUGAUAUGUUUACUCCAAGCCUUCCAGGCAGCCUCGUCGAGUCUCUGCUCCCAGCCCAAGCUUCGAGCGAAAACACCUGGGGAAAGGAUGAUGCUGAAUAUCACUCAUCAGCUGUCGGUACACCUGUUAGUUACGCUUUUUCCGACUCCAUUACCCCUGAACCGGCGCAACCUCAACCAGCUUCCACCAACACGGAUGGUAACCAACUGAUGAAGGAGCUGUUGGCAGCCUACCGUCGACUGCGAAACACGCUUCGUGUUAAUGCUCUUCGCACUAACCACACUAUCGAUGCUAAAGUUGACAACGCCAGUGAGCUGUGUGCCAGUGACACACUGGUAAAGGCAGUGGGCUUUACAAUCUCCUCGAUAGAGGUCCAGCAGCGAGGUAUUGAGGCUCAGCCGGGUAUGACACUUCUGGAAAAAAUUCCUGAGCAUAUCUUGACACACCUAAGAAUCUUGUCAGAAACAGUCUCGUCCUACAUCGCUAUCGGGGCACAACCUGGCGGAGUCGAUAAUAAGAUCGAAGAAGAGUUUAAGAAAGAUAGCGAGAGGCAACAUUGUCAAUUAUUCAUGUCUCGAUACUUUGGCACCGGAACACCUUAUGCUCGUCGGCCGCUGGACGUCUAUCCUCCGCUACUGAGCAUGGAUUCGUUCCUGUUCUUGGUGGAGUGCUCUUACGGCUUGGUGCCGCUUCAGAAGGCCGAGAUCUCACAUGUCCUUCGCCUAUGCUACCUGGCAGAGCUUGUAAAGCUUGUUUACCACAUGGGUCGCAACAUCCCCGUUGCCAGCUGGGUUGGUAAUCUCACUAACCGACAAACGCAAGACCCAGCCAUCAACAACUUUGCCGAUUUUGCUCUUGGUGUUACAAAGACUGGUCUUGAGUACCACGCUGCCCAGUUCCCCGAAGGUGUGGAGUUUGGUGAGAAUCGAGGGUUCCAGCAGCCUGGCGUCGACACUUUGGAGAGUUGGUACACCUUCUCGAAGAAAUAUGCUCUCACUUUCCUUCGAAAAUGUGUCAUCUUUCUAUAUGUUAAGUACGGUGUAGAUUUCAAUAGUCAUGUCUCAUCAGCCCCAGAUGCGGAUGAGCUAGAGCGUCUCACAGAGGCACUCAAGCUGCCAACUUUCGACGAGAUGUGUGCUUCUAUCACGGACAACGCAUCUUCCUGCGGCUGGCCCCAGACGACUUCGGCACUGGUGUCGGGCUGGGUCAAGCAUCAGGUGAUGUGGCCUGGAGACUAUAGCGAAAUCCCCCUCUCAGCCAUGAUGAGCCAUCCAGGAAUCUUUGAACUGAUCGGGCUACCGAAAAACUACGAUGCUCUCAUAGAAGAGGCCACCCGGCGAAAGUGUCCCACCACAGGCAAAGAGCUUACAGAUCCUGUCAUUUGCCUCUUCUGCGGAGAACUGUCGUGCAGUCAGGGCACAUGCUGCCAAAAGACGGACAACUCCUCGGAUAGUACAGAGUACACCAAGAUUGGUGGCGCACAACAACAUAUGCGGAAGUGCCAACGUAACAUUGGUGUCUUCCUCAACGUACCACCAUAUAUCGACAAGUACGGAGAGACGGAUCCGCAGCUGCGUCAUGGGCGACAGCUCUUCCUCAACCAGAAGCGAUAUGACUCUAUGAUACGAAACACGGUGCUCAAUCAUGGGGUGCCGAGCUUGAUCAGCCGAAAGCUGGAGGCCGAGAUCAAUAAUGGAGGAUGGGAUACUUUAUAA